CUCCCUGUGGUUACCCGGAUGUAGGAGGUGAGCGGAGAACGUCAUUGUUCAGACACACUACCCGGCAGAAAGCGGAGAGCGAUGGAGGCAGCCGGGGACUGCUGGCGGUAAUAAUUCGGGUCACCUCGCUCAGUGUCAAACCAUGACUAUAAUCGAUAAAGUUUCCCCAGUGAGUGCAACAUGCCAGAACCAGCUUUGCAAGACCAUUUCACCAUCUUCUGGAGACAUAGAUACAGGUUCGACAACUUUGGGCGUAGUAUCAGCCCUGGCUAAAACGUCUCUUGGACCAGUACCUGGUGCUGCCGUUUAUUCCAGCUCAUCUGUUCCUGAAAAGCCUGUGCCUUCAGAGCAGAAUGAUCCACCAUUGGCAGUACCAGGGGAUGGCAUUAGCGCACCAGAAAAGAUUAUUUUUCCUGCAGAGAAAAUAAGACUGAAAUGGCAGCGAAUUCAGAAGGUUGGAGCCGGUCUCCAAAAUCUUGGCAAUACAUGCUUUGUCAACUCUGUGUUGCAGUGCUUAACAUACACUGCACCACUUGCAAACUACAUGCUGAGUCGCGAUCAUUCAAAGACGUGUCGGCAGCAAGAUUUUUGUAUGAUGUGUGUUAUGCAGUCUCACAUUGUUCAGGCUUUGUCUAACAUGGGCAAUGUCAUCAAGCCAACUGGUGUUAUCAAUGACCUAAGACGUAUUGCAAAACAUUUCCGUUUAGGAAGUCAAGAAGACGCCCAUGAAUUUCUUCGCUAUACUGUAGAUGAAAUGCAAAAAUCUUGCCUCAACGGUUACAUCAGUUAUGGCAGAAGCACACAAGCAACUACUUUUAUACACCAAGUAUUUGGGGGAUGUCUGCGAUCUCGAGUAAAAUGUCUGAAGUGCAAAUCUGUAUCCGAUACAUAUGAAGAUUGCCUUGACAUUGCACUAGAGAUAAAGUCUUCGCAUAGUAUGAACCAGGCUCUGGAAGAGUUUGUGAAAUCCGAGCAACUAGAAGGAGACAAUGCAUACAAAUGCAGCAAGUGUAAUCAGUUAGUUACGGCAACAAAGAAAUUUACAAUUCAUAGAACAUCUAAUGUCCUGACUCUGUCACUGAAAAGAUUUGCAAGUUUCAGUGGAGGAAAACUUUCAAAGGAAAUUAAAUACCCAGAAUACCUUGACAUCCGUCCAUACACCUCUCAUCCAAGUGGAGAUGCACUGAUAUACAAACUGUAUGCUGUACUUGUACAUAGUGGCUUCAGCUGCCAUACUGGGCAUUACUAUUCCUAUAUAAAGGCUAGUAAUGACCAGUGGUACCUUAUGAACGAUUCCAUCGUGUCCAGUGCAGAUAUCAGGACAGUCCUCAACCAGCAGGCAUACCUUUUAUUCUACAUCAGAUCCCAGAAUGUUCCAAAUGGUGAUACAUCAUAUGCUCUCCAGUCAGCCAGCCCUAAUUCCCCACAACCCAGCUGCAGCCAGAGGGCAAGUGUGUCCAAGUUUUCAUUUGUAGGACCCCAACAGAUCAUUAAGAAUGUAAAACAUAUGAAUGGGAAUCGGUCGCCAAAAUCUUCAGUGAAUGGUCCAGUUCUAAACAAUAACUUUGCAAAUGUUAAAAGGCCAACGGGUGCUGUGCCAGUCAACCGGCAAGUGUCCAUGAACUCAACAGUCAAGAAACAGAAGAUUACUAUUAAUAUCAACAAGCAGCAUCCUGCCCUUCAAGGACCACCUCAUCACGAUACUCUCAAGGCUGAAGCUGCCACUAGUGCAAGCCUGACAUCCACUACUACUACUAAACCAUGUCCAACAUUGUCUACCUCAAGUGUCCCUGCGCACUCCGAAUCGAAGCAUGCACCAAUCAGGUUGAACCGUGGCACAUUAGUCAAUGGCAAGUCUAAAGUAACCUCCAACCUGCUAGUUCCUUAUGGUACAGAAUCUUCUGAAGAAUCUGAAGAAGAACAGAAAGGGAUACGUAAGAGAAGAUGGAGUGGCAAGUGUGCAGAUGGAACUGUUGCAACAAAUGGUCAUAGUGCACCCAUGGAUGCGCUAGAUAGGACUGACAGUUUGAAAGAGGAACCAGUAACACCUUUAGAAUCCAUUCCGCCUACUCAGAAUGAGCUCCCUAAUAAUGACACUUAUGGAUCAUCAAUGUCUAGUUCCCACAAUGGGGAAAAUCAUGUAGGAUCAAAUACUUCUGUCAGUGUCCGUGAAUUGUCUAAAGAUACCGAAUCUUCAUUAAUUCUGGACACAGAGGACAUGGGUACAACAGCAGCUUCGCCACCAAGCUAUGCAUGUGAAAGCACUUCGCCAGAGCAGAGACCCCAGCUGCAAACUACAGAAAAGGCUGUGACAAAACCAGAAAUCCCACCAAAUGAGGAGAAUGGUAUCAGGAUAACAGACUGUGAGAAUGCUGCAGAGAACAAGCCACUACUACAGUCUUUUGGGUCCUCGGAAGACCACAAAAGGAACGGCGAUAGACGCUCACAAAGCUUUGAAAGAUCUAAAUAUGAUCGCUAUAGGUCAUCUGAUAGGGAAUACAGACACAGGGAUUACUCUAGUAGUGGACACUACAAACAUAGAGACUAUGACAGGCAGCGGUCCAGAAGCAGAGGGAGAACCAGAGAACGCUAUUCAUAUUACCAUCCUAAAAGGGACCGAUCAAGAAGCCGGGAGAAACACAGGAGACAUUAUUCCCCUUAUAAAGAUCAUCGGGGGCAUUAUGAUAGGGACUAUUGGGCCUGCAAAGACUAUAAAUCAGGAUGGUCACACCACAGCAAGGGGCGUGAUCAUGAUUAUAACGUCAAAUACAACAACCAUCACUCUUCCUUUAAUUCACGUCACUCCGAAUCCUACCACCACAGAAAAUGUAAUGGUUACUCUAACUACCAUCAAGAUUAUGGAAGUUCCAAAAAAAGAAAAUACCAUCAUGAUGGCAGCUCAGGGGAGGAAGACUACGAACGUGGCUUUAAACGCCAGGCCAAUCACAACCGCUCACCUUCCGAUUGGCCACGAGACCGAUGAGAAUGUAGCACCUCGCACAUCUUGACUCCUGAAAACACUGGAUUGAAAACUAUUUGAGCACAUCUUGG